GAGAGGGGAGAAUCGAGCAGGGAGAGGCAUACAAAGCCUGCCAUUGCAGUUUUACUGCUUUGGAUUUACGGACGAAGUGGUAUCUACAUUUUCUUCAAACGUUUCAGCCAACGUUCUUAAGAGAAAAUUCAAUAAGGCAACGUAUUUGAGUUGGACUAUUUUAAACGGAGUAAUUUCGGAUGUAUAGGCAUAUAGGGUAAAGUUACAUUGAAGGCAAACUACUGAAGAUAAUGAACUUUGGACAUUUCACACACAAAUUUGGGUCAUGUUUCUCGACGCCCUGAAAAAAUAAAAUAACAUUGCCCGGCGUGGCGGCAGCUGGGCGAAAUUCAGAAGAAGGAAUUUUGCGCUUUGGUUGAAGUGAUAAUACUAACAGUAACUUGCUACUUUGGGAGCGGAGCAAGCAAGUAAAAUGUCUGCCAAAACAGCUUCCAAGAGCGCAGCGAUGGAGGAAACUGUAAUAUGGGAACAGCACACAGUGACCCUUCACAGGGCCCCAGGGUUUGGGUUCGGCAUAGCCAUCUCAGGGGGCCGGGACAACCCUCACUUCCAGAGUGGUGAGACCUCCAUCGUAAUCUCUGACGUCCUGAAGGGAGGCCCAGCAGAAGGGCUCUUAUCGGAAAAUGACCGUGUGGUAAUGGUCAACGCAGUGUCCAUGGACAACGUAGAGCAUGCUUACGCUGUGCAGCAGCUUCGGAAGAGUGGAAAGAAUGCAAAAAUAACGAUCCGAAGGAAACGGAAGGUUCAGAUCCCGGUGUCUCGCCCGGGGGACAGAGAGACUAUGUCCGAACACGAGGAAGAGGACACUGAUGAAGACGAUGGUUGCGAGCAGUACAGCGGCCGCAGCGGGCCCACCAGCGCCUACGGAGCGGCGAGUGGCGGCACGGCCAGCAGGCGGACGAACGAGCGCGAGCGUGAACGCAGCAACAGCAGCCGGCGGGAACACAGUGCAUCGCGAGAGAGAAGCAUCUCGCCCCGCUCCGGCCGAUCCCAAGGCUCCUCCACACCGUCCCGCCCCGCCAAAGUCACCCUUGUCAAGUCCCGCAAGAAUGAAGCAGAGUAUGGUCUGCGUUUGGCCAGCCACAUCUUUGUGAAGGACAUCUCCCCAGAGAGCCUGGCAGCACGGGACGGAAACAUCCAGGAGGGAGACGUGGUGCUGAAGAUUAACGGCACAGUGACAGAGAACCUGUCGUUAAUAGAUGCUAAGAAGCUGAUCGAGAGGUCAAAGGGCAAGUUAAAGAUGGUGGUGCAGAAAGAUGAUAGAGCCACGUUGCUCAACAUCCCUGAUAUGGACGACAGCAUUCCCUCUGGCAACAACUCAGACCGAGACGACAUUUCAGAAAUUCAUUCACUGACAUCAGACCAUUCCACUCGAUCCCAUGAUCGAGCACGGGGCAGUCGAUCCCGCUCCCCUACCCGUUCUGAGCCCUCAGACCCCUGCCGACACUCACCACGGCAGAUCAGCAAUGGCAGCCACAGAAGUCGAGAUGAGGAGAGGAUUUCCAAGCCCGGGGUGAUGUCGACUCCUGUUAAAGGGUCCCAGGAGGCCCUAGUCCAAGCCAUCAGCGACCAGCCACUGGCCAGAGAGGACAAACUGCCCCCGCUGCCAGAACCAAAGCCAGUGUAUGCCCAGCCUGGUCAGCCUGAUGUGGACCUGCCAGUCAGCCCCUCUGAUGCCCCAGUACCCAGCGCUGGUCAUGAUGACAGCAUCCUCAGGCCGAGUAUGAAGCUGGUGAAGUUUAAGAAGGGGGAGAGUGUGGGCCUGAGGCUGGCUGGAGGGAACGACGUGGGCAUCUUUGUAGCCGGAGUCCUGGAGGACAGCCCAGCUGCCAAGGAAGGUCUGGAGGAAGGAGACCAGAUUCUCAGGGUAAACAACGUAGACUUUGCUAACAUCAUCCGAGAGGAGGCUGUGCUGUUCCUCCUAGACCUUCCCAGGGGUGAAGAGGUCACCAUUCUGGCCCAGAAGAAGAAGGAUGUGUACCGGCGGAUAGUGGAGUCGGAUGUGGGCGACUCGUUCUACAUCCGGACCCACUUUGAGUAUGAGAAGGAGUCUCCGUACGGCCUGAGCUUCAACAAGGGAGAGGUGUUCCGUGUUGUGGACACCCUCUACAACGGCAAGCUGGGCUCCUGGCUCGCCAUACGCAUUGGCAAGAACCACCAGGAGGUGGAGAGAGGCAUCAUCCCCAACAAGAACAGGGCAGAGCAGUUGUCCAGUGUGCAGUACACCCUCCCCAAAACGGCAGGGGGCGACAGGGCUGACUUCUGGAGGUUCCGUGGUCUGCGGACCUCCAAGAGGAACCUGAGGAAGAGCAGAGAGGACCUGUCGGCCCAGCCGGUCCAGACCAAGUUCCCUGCCUAUGAGAGGGUGGUGCUGAGAGAGGCUGGGUUCCUGAGGCCUGUGGUGAUCUUUGGGUCCAUCGCUGACGUGGCAAGAGAGAAGCUGGCCAGAGAGGAGCCUGACCUGUUUGAGCUGGCCAAAACACAGCAACAUGAAGGAGUGGAAAAGAGUGAACCAAGAGACGCAGGAAAAGACCAGCGCAGCUCCGGGAUCAUUCGCCUCCACACCAUUAAACAGAUCAUUGACCGGGACAGGCAUGCUGUGCUGGACAUUACCCCCAACGCGGUGGACCGUCUGAACUACGCCCAGUGGUACCCCAUCGUGGUGUUCCUCAACCCAGACAGCAAGCAGGGCGUCAAGACCAUGAGAACCAGGCUGUGCCCCGAGUCCAGGAAGUCAGCCAGGAAACUCUACGAGAGAGCCCUCAAACUGAGGAAGAACAACCACCACCUCUUCACCACCACCAUUAACAUGAAUAAUAUGAAUGACGGGUGGUAUGGUGCACUGAAGGAUACCAUUCAACAGCAGCAGAACCAGCUGGUGUGGGUUUCAGAGGGCAAGGCGGACGGUGCUCCAGAUGAUGACCUGGAUCUGCAUGAUGACCGACUGUCGUACCUGUCGGCUCCGGGCAGUGAGUACUCCAUGUACAGCACAGACAGCCGCCACACCUCCGACUACGAGGACACGGACACAGAGGGCGGGGCCUACACCGACCAGGAACUAGACGAGACGCUGAACGACGAGGUGGGCCUGCCCACUGAGCCCGCCAUCACCCGCUCCUCGGAGCCCGUCCGAGAGGACCCGCCAGUCAUCCAGGAGCCCCUGGGGUACGGCGGGUACCAGCACACAGUGCAGCCCGACCCCCUGAACCGGAUCGACCCAGCCGGGUUCAAGGCACCAGUGGCCCAGCAGAAUGAGAAAGCAGAGGCUGUUCCGGCCACCAUGCCUAUCCUCCCCCAGCAGCCUGAGUUACUGGCUGUGACAGAGGCAGCGCCCCCUGCUGUCUACAACACUGUAAAUGGUGUAGCGGGUUUGAGCCAUGGUUUGAGCCCUGGCCCUAUCGCUGCUCCCCAGAGCGAACCCAGCCCAGGCCCCGGCCCCGAGGCUGACUCGCUUAGGAUGCCCACCCCUGAUCUAGCUCAGCCCCCGGCCCCAACACCCGAACCCCUACAAUCCGGAACGCCCAGUUCAGAACCACAGAUGUACAAGAAGGAUCCCUACCUGGAGGAGCCAGUCAGAGUGAACCAUGGUGGUGUAAAGCCGUCUCCGGCGGUGGUGCCGCCCACAACCUACGAGCCACAGCCUCCGUACCAAGACGAACACCCAUACAGAGAUUACGAUCACCCGCCCAGCCGCUACGACGGGGGUGGUUACCUGGAACCAAAGUAUCGUAACUUCGACUCUCAGCUGCACUACGAGAAAAGUGUGCCUCACUACGAUGAGCAGUGGCCUCCUUACAACCAGCAGACCUCUGGCCCACCACCCCACCAGCAGCAGCACCCCCCUGGGCCUGGCUACGACCCCCGGCUGCCCUAUGAAGACGGACCCGAGCGAGACUACAGCCCCCCUCAGCCGCGCUACGAUGACGCCCCGCUGGGCUACAACGGACGACCUCGCUACGGCAAGCCAGCAGGACCAGGACCCAUCCGCCACGAUGAGCCUCCUCCAUCCGGCCCAGGGGGCUACGCUCCUCUACGUUACGAUCAGGAGCCUCACCCUUAUCCCCCUGCAACACGCUCUCCAGAGCCCCCUAAACAGUACUACCAGGGGGAGUCUGCCCAGCGGCCAGGACCUGGGCCUGCCUACAACCAGGCACCACCACAGCACCGAGGCUACAAGCCCCCACCCCAGCAGUAUGAACCCAUCAUGAACUUUGACGCCCCCGUGCCCCCUCCCAAACCACAACCAGAGGCUCUCCGCCCCUCCCCUGGGGACACGGUGAUCACCACAGCCCCCAAUCCCCUUCCACCUCUCCCCAGAGUGGAGCCGGAGGACGACCCGGCCAUAAGGGCCCAGUCGGUGCUGUCCAGGGUCAAGAUGUUUGAGAACAAGCGCUCUGUGUCUGUGGACCGAGCCAAGGAGGCAGGAGAUGCCAUAGGGCUCAGGUCAGCGGAUCUGCCCACCAAACCAGGCGCGGGCAUUCCUAAAGCCAACUCUCUCAGCAAUCUGGACCAGGAAAAGUCGUUCAGAGUCCCUGAGCCUCAGAAGCCCCGGGAGGUGUCAGAUGAUGACAUAGUGCGCUCCAACCACUACGACCCAGAUGAAGACGAGGAGUACUACAGGAAACAGCUGUCCUACUUUGACCGGCGCAGCUUGGACGCAGGCAAGGCACCUCCUCAGACAACACCUGUCAUCGCAACCAAACCUGCUGCUCAGCCACAAGCACAUCCCGGAUACAACUACCCCAGGGCAGAGUCAGUGGAGAAGGUCAGUCCUGUGGAGAGGCGAUAUGAACCUGUUCCCCAGGUUACCCCUGCUGCCCCACCUGCCAUUCUGCCCAAACCCACCUCACCUGAGGCAGACACAGUCACGACCAACUACCUGCCCCAGAAGAGUUACCCUGAGAAGUCUCCAGUGAACGGCACGGCAAUGAAGGACCAACCCAAGAUCCCGGCCAAUACCAGCUACAACCGCUACGUCCCCAAGCCCUACACCAACUCCGCCAAGCCCUUCGAGAGGAAGUUUGACAGCCCCAAGUUCAACCACAACCUGCUGCCCAACAACAAAACAGACCUGGCCCCAGCCAUCAAGGCCCCAGCCAACAGCACAGCCCCAGCCAAGCCCCAGAUCUCCCCCCAGCCUACAGACCUGGACUCUGGCCUGGACACCUUCACACGCACCAUGGACAACAGGUCCAAGUACCAGCACAACAACAUCAACGCUGUGCCCAAGGCCAUCCCUGUCAGCCCCAGUGCUCUGGAGGAUGAUGAUGAGGAUGAAGGUCACACAGUGGUGGCCACGGCCCGGGGGAUCUUCAACUGUAAUGGAGGGGUGCUGAGCUCCAUCGAGACGGGUGUCAGCAUCAUCAUCCCACAGGGGGCCAUCCCCGAGGGCGUGGAACAGGAGAUCUACUUCAAGGUCUGCCGGGACAACAGCAUCCUGCCCCCCCUGGACAAGGAGAAAGGAGAGACCCUGCUCAGCCCGCUGGUGAUGUGUGGCCCUCACGGCCUCAAGUUCCUGAAACCUGUGGAGCUGCGCUUACCUCACUGUGCGUCUAUGACCCCAGAUGGUUGGUCUUUUGCUCUAAAAUCCUCCGACUCCUCGUCGGGUGAUCCCAAGAGUUGGCAGAAUCAGUCUCUCCCUGGAGAUCCCAACUACCUGGUGGGAGCCAACUGUGUGUCUGUGCUCAUCGACCACUUCUGAAGAGGGCAACAGCUGGCCUGUUACUGAAUGUGAAACCAUGGGAAAACAGGAGCGAUAAUAAACACAAACACACACACAUACAGCUACACACACACACAUACAGCUACACACACAUACACACGCGCCAUUUCUCCAGGGGUGGACCCUACACAAUGAAGUAUUUACACCCAGUGCUCCAGUGUUGUUUACUGUGCCCAUGGAAGAUGGAAGGAGACCGAAGUUGCCCCUACGUGCUGUCCUUUAACUCUUUCCGAGGUCUUGAAGAAAAUACAAAACACAAAAAAACGAUUUAACCAGUGAUGGAAUGCAUGCCCUGUGCCACUGAGUAACUCAUCACAUUAUACACCAAGUUUUAACUUUAAUUGUUACAUAACAGGAAAGAUGGUUUGUGAGGUUUUUACUAUUGAAGUAGAUGGACAUACAUGUAACCUUUUUGUCACCGUUUGAAUUGGCUGAUUUACAACGACGGUCACGUUAUUAGCACAUUGACUUGUUUUGACGGAUUUGUGAAGGUUUUGGAAUUCGGUGCCAUGGAGGUGGGCAGUAAAGUGAUGAUGAUGAUGAUGAUGAUGAUGAUGAAGAUAAUGCAGAGCCAUACAUUUUCUAAAUAUAUGGCUCUGUGGUAAUGAUUAUGGUGAUAGUAAAGUUGGCAAGCAUCUGCAGAAGAGAAAAUGAAGAUAAAGGUGGAAUACUUUGAGGUGGAUUUAAAGCCCAGCUCAUGCCUCUAACAUGCUCAUCCUGUGACUAGAAUGGCUGUUCCUUCCUUUUUUCUGUAUUUCUGUAAACUGACCUUGGAUUCACUUUGUAUUGAGUACCAGAACUCUACUCCUGCUGUAUCAAGAUCUAUGCAUGUGCUAUGACUCAGGUCCAGAAGCCUGCUCAGUUCUCCCUCACCAUGUUAAAACCCUAUCUUACAUUAACAAGCAUUGAUGCCUUAUCUGCAUAUUAUUCACUUUUUCAGUAAAAACCUCUGGGUUUUUUCUAAGUUAUGAUGAUAAAUUAUGGGAAAAUGAAGUUAUUCUUUUGCCAUUUUGUCAACCCUCUGUAUAAAUGAACUUGGGUUUAGAGCACAAGAACAAUUUAGGCUAAUAAAGGUAUGCUUUCUUUAUCUGCUAUGCAUAUGACUUCAGAAGAAAAAGAAAAACAGUACAAAAAAAGACAAGUGGCUGUACAUAAAGUUAGCAUAUGGCCUUGGUUUGUAAAUGAACUUUUGUAUGUCUUUGUUAUUUUGUAUAAAACUUAGAGAAAACUGUUUAAAAAAAUAAAUGAAUUGACCAUGGUUUACUUUGUAUUCUGGUUAAACCCUUGAGCCUUGGAACUUGUAACUAUUAGCAGUAAUAAAAUCCACAUUUUCUACCAAUAUAUUCACACUACAUAUAAAUAAUAAUUAUCACACAAAAAUAUUUGUAUGCUUAUUUACAAAAGAGGAAAGUGCUUGGGUUAAACAACUUUGCAAACCUGUUCUUUAAAAGGGUGUGCUCUGAAAGUGUCCCCCUCAUUUAUUUGUGAUACUGGAUGCUGUAUUAUUUUGUGCCCUGAAAUGUAUUUUUGUACUAAUAGACCAUAUAUUACGGCACACCAGUACUAUUUUCUUUUAUAUGCGAUAACACCGCUUCAAUUGGAUAUUAGCUCUUCAUGUGUGGCUGACUUUUUUUCUCCUUUGUGACACAAUUUUAAGUAUACCACUGAAUUAAUGAAUAAAAUCAUUUUUAAAGGAAA